GGCUGUGCCUUAUGUUAUAAAGGAGGCCAAAAAAAUAAAUAGAUUAGAGCAUCUUUUGGGGGGAGGGCAAUCAGUGGGGCUGAGUCUUGGAGGAAGCUGGGGGGGUUGUGUUGGGGGUUGUUUUGGGUUGUGUGUGUGUGAGUGAGUGUGUGGGGUUGUGGGGGUUUUGGGGGUUUUUUUUGGUGUGUUUUGUAUUUUUUUUUUUUUUAAGAAGGAAGGGAAAAAAAUAAAGGGAAGAAAAUCCAGCAGAGAAAAGAAGAGAGAGGAAUUCCAGCUGUGGAGGAAUAGAGGAGAAGAGAGAUAGAGAAGGAAGAAGAGAGGAAUACAUUUCAAGCAAGAAGGAGUUUUGAUUUAUUAUAUUUGCAUUUGUUUUGAGAGUAAAAAAAAAAAAGGAAAAAAAAAAGAAAAAAUUCUAUAAGCAGGAAAAAGAGAAAGAAAGAAAGAAGAAAAAAAAAAGAAAAAAAGAAAAGAAAAAGCAACUGAGAAGGGUUAUAAAAAGAGCAAAUACCAAGAAGGGUGAACAAGAGAAGAAAGUCAAGGCAAGGAGGAGCCCAAAGCUGGCAGAUCGGGAGGAUUUGCAGGGGAGAAGGGGGGGGAAGAUUGGAAAUGCAGCUCUGGAGUUUGCUGCUGCCUCUUGCGCUUCUCUGUACAGCCCUAGCGAGUGGACCCGAAUGUGGGAUGGACGAGCGCUCCCGCAGGGCGCGGAGGGACACCAGGCAGAGCCGCCCGCCCCACCACACUGCCCCGGGCACCUGUGCCACCAGGUUAGCCCGGGGCAGGCGCUCCCCGGCCGGGCUGGAGCCCGGGCAUGGCCCCCGCAGGAGGCAACAGCGGGAGGUGAAGGACGCCGAGGAGUCCCUCACCCCGAGCAGGGCGCUCUAUUUCAGUGGGCAAGGUGAUCAGCUGCGGUUGAAAGCAGAUAUUGAGCUGCCCCGAGAUGCCUUCACUUUGCAAGUGUGGCUGAAAGCCGAAGGAGGACAGAGAUCUCCGGCUGUCAUUGCAGGACUAUAUGACAAAUGUUCUUACACCUCCCGUGACCGAGGAUGGGUCCUGGGGAUUAACACCGUCAGUGACCAGGGGAAUAGAGACCCCCGCUAUUUCUUCUCUCUGAAGACGGAUCGUGCUCGCAAAGUAACCACCAUUGCAGCACAUCGCAGCUACCUCCCCAACCAGUGGGUGCAUCUGGCUGCCACGUACGAUGGGCACCUGAUGAAACUCUAUGUGAAUGGUGCCCAGGUGGCCACAAGUGGAGAGCAAGUGGGCAGCAUCUUCAGUCUUCUGACCUUGAAGUGCAAGGUGCUCAUGGUUGGAGGAAAUGCGCUGAACCAGAACUAUCGGGGUUACAUAGAGCACUUCAGUCUCUGGAGGACAGCCCGGUCUCAGAAGGAGAUCUUGUUGGACAUGGGCCAGGCAAUUCACAGACAAGACACCCCUCUACCUCAGCUAGUUCUUCAAGACAGUUUACUGAAUGUGAAAAACACCUGGUCCCCCAUGAAGGAUGGCAGCAGCCCCCAGAGCAAGUUCAGUUAUCACCAUGGCUAUUUGCUGGAUACCAGCCUAGACCCUCCUCUCUGUGGACAGACCGUCUGUGACAACACAGAUGUAAUCGCCAGCUACAACAAGCUCCCCAGCUUCCGCCGCAACAAAAUCGUGCGCUACCGUGUGGUCAACCUCUAUGAUGACAAACACCAGAACCCCACUGUCAGCCAGCAACAGAUCGAGUUCCAGCAUCAGCAUUUAAAUGAGGCUUUCAGCCGCUACAACAUCACCUGGGAGCUGGAGGUGCUGGAGGUGAAGAACUCUUCCCUUCGCCACCGACUCAUCCUGGCCAACUGUGAUAUCAGCAAGAUUGGGGACGAGAACUGUGACCCGGAGUGCAACCACACCUUGACUGGGUACGACGGUGGGGACUGCCGGCACGUGCGCCACACGCUCUUCAACAAGAAGAAGCAGAACGGGGUGUGUGACAUGGAUUGUAAUUACGAGAGAUACAACUUCGAUGGUGGGGAAUGCUGUAACCCAGAGAUAACAGAAGUCACCAAGACGUGCUUUGACCCUUAUUCUCCUUACAGAGCAUACUUGGAUGUCAACGAACUGAAGAACAUCCUCAAACUGGAUGGAUCCACACACCUCAACAUCUUCUUUGCCAAUUCCUCCGAGGAAGAGCUGGCUGGAGUGGCAACUUGGCCCUGGGACAAGGAAGCCUUGAUGCAUCUAGGUGGCAUUGUGCUGAAUCCUUCCUUCUAUGGAAUCCCUGGCCACACACACACAAUGAUCCAUGAAAUUGGGCACAGCCUGGGGCUCUAUCACGUCUUCCGGGGAAUCUCAGAAAUCCUCUCCUGCAGCGAUCCGUGCAUGGAAACAGAGCCCUCCUUUGAGACUGGGGACCUCUGCAGUGACACCAACCCUGCUCCCAAGCACAAGCAGUGUGGGGAUCCUGGCCCUGGCAAUGACACGUGUGGUUUUCACAGCUUCCUAAACACUCCCUUCAGUAACUUCAUGAGCUACGCAGAUGAUGACUGCACCAACUCCUUCACGCCCAACCAAGUGGCCAGGAUGCAUUGCUACUUGGACCUCGUCUAUCAGAGCUGGCAGCCUGCGAAGAAACCAGCUCCUAUUGCAAUUGCCCCACAGAUUGUGGCUCGGAGCUCCACCUCUGUCACCCUGGAGUGGUUCCCACCCAUUGAUGGCCACUUCUUUGAAAGAGAAGUGGGAUCAGCAUGUGAUCUGUGUGCAGAAGGAAGAGUCCUGGUGCAGUAUGCCUUCAGCGCCUCCUCUCCGAUGCCCUGCGAUCCCUCGGGACACUGGAGCCCUCGGGAAGCAGAAGGGCACCCUGAUGUUGAGCAGCCUUGUAAAUCCAGUGUCAGAACAUGGAGUCCCAACUCAGCUGUCAACCAACACACGGUGCCCCCGGCCUGUCCCGAGCCUCAGGGCUGCUACCUUCAGUUGGAAUUCCGCUAUCCCCUGACUCCAGAGUCCCUCACAGUGUGGGUGACAUUUGUUUCCCCUGACUGGGACUCCAGUGGGGCGGUGAACGACAUCAAGUUGCUCACCAUCAGUGGCAAGAACAUUUCUCUCGGGCCACAGAACGUCUUCUGUGACAUCCCAUUGACCAUAAAGCUGGAUGCGGGACAAGUGGAAGAGGAGGUGUACGGGAUCCAGAUCUACACUCUGGAUGAGCACCUGGAAAUUGAUGCUGCCAUGCUGAGCUCUGUCCCUCAGAGCACGCUGUGUGCAGACUGCAGACCCAUCCAGUACAAAGUGGUUCGGGACCCUCCUUUCCAGUCUGGAUCUCCAGUUGUCAUCUCAAACCUCAGCAGGAGAUUUGUUGACACGGAGCUGAGCGAUAGCACCACGUACACGUACCAGGUCAUCAUUGUUUCCGGGAGGGAGGAGAGCGAGCCUUCCCCGGAGCUUGUCUAUAUCUCUGGAAGUGGAUACUGUGGAGACGGGAUUAUCCAAAUAGACUUGGGGGAAGAAUGUGAUGACAUGAACAAGAUCAACGGUGAUGGCUGCUCCCUGUUCUGCCUGCAGGAGUUGUCCUUUAAUUGCAUUGAUGAACCCAGCAGGUGCUAUUUCCACGAUGGUGAUGGAGUAUGUGAGGAAUUUGAGCAAAUGACCAGCAUCAAAGACUGUGGUGUUUACACUCCCAAAGGCUUCCUGGAUCAGUGGGCUUCCAACGUCUCCGUCUCACAUCACAGUGACCAGCAGUGUCCAGGAUGGGUGGUCAUCGGUCAGCCAGCAGCAACCCAGACCUGUCGAACUAAGGUGAUUGACCUGAAUGAUGGUGUCUCUCAGUAUGCCUGGUAUCCCUGCACGGCCAACUUCCAGUACUCCCACAUGGCACAGACCGUUUUCUGGCUGAAGGCUUUUUUUUCCCAACCUAUGGUAGCCGCAGCAGUCCUGGUUCACUUGGUCACUGAUGGGACCUAUUACCUGGAUCAGAAGCAGGAGACCAUCGGUGUGCAGCUGUUUGACACCAAAGAACAAAGCCAUGAUCUUGGUGUCCACGUCCUGAGCUGCAGGAACAAUCCCCUGAUUAUCCCCGUCAUCCAUGACCUCAGUCACCCUUUUUAUCACACCCAGGCUGUCCUCAUUAGCUUCAGCUCCCAGUUUGUGGCCAUCUCCGGGGUGGCCCUGCGUUCCUUCCACAACUUCGACCCCAUCACCAUCAGCAGCUGCCAGCGAGGACAGACCUACAGCCCAGCAGAGCAGAGCUGUGUCCACUACUCCUGCGAAGCCACCAACUGCCAGAAGCUGGAGAUUGAGCAUGCACUGCUGGAUUGCUCCGGUGGCGGGUGGUACAAUGGGGCCCAAUGCAACGUGAGCUGCAAGGCGGGUUACACUCUGCAGGUCCAGCGGGAUGAUGAUCUCAGCAAGAACCAGAUGGAGUCCAGCAUCACCAUGACUUGCACGGAUGGGAAGUGGAACAAACAGGUGACGUGCGAGCCUGUGGAUUGUGGUGUCCCAGACCAGUACCAUGUCUACCCAGCCACCUUCAACUGCAGCGAGGGGACCACCUUUGGCAAGAAAUGCUCCUUCAGUUGCCGACCUCCUGCUCUUCUGAAAGGAAACAACAGCAACUUGACCUGCAUGGAGGAUGGGCUGUGGUCCUUUCCGGAGGCCCUCUGUGAGCUGAUGUGUCGAGCACCCUCCAUUGUCCCUAAUGCAGAUCUCCAGACAAGUCGCUGCCGAGAAGAUAAGCACAAAGUGGGCUCGUUUUGCAAGUACAAAUGCAAACCAGGUUACCAUGUCCCUGGAUCCUCCAGAAAAGCAAGAAAGCGAGCCUUUAAGAUCCAGUGCACACAGGAUGGCACGUGGCUGCCGGGCGCUUGUGUGCCCGUUACCUGCGACCCUCCUCCUUCCAAGUUUCAUGGGCUUUACCAGUGUACCAAUGGCUUCCAGUUCAACAGCGAAUGCUGGAUCAAGUGUGAAGAUGAUGACAAUCAGUCGGGCCGUGGAAGCAACGUGAUUCACUGCCGAAAGGAUGGCACCUGGAGUGGGUCCUUUCAUCUCUGCAGGGAGAUGCAGGGCCAGUGCACACUGCCCACACAGCUCAACAGCCACCUGAAGCUGCAGUGCGCCGGAGGCUACGGCAUAGGCACGGAGUGUACCACUUCAUGUCUGGAUCACAGUCACGAGCCCAUCCUCCUGCGUGUGAACGAGACCGUGCAAGACAUCCAGCACUGGAUGAACCCUCAAAGAGUGAAGAGUGUUGUCUGCACGGCGGGACUCAAGUGGUACCCCCACCCUUCCCUGAUCCAUUGUGUCAAAGGCUGCGAGCCUUUCAUGGGGGACAACUACUGUGACUCCAUCAACAACAGAGCCUUCUGCAACUAUGAUGGUGGGGACUGCUGCGCCUCAACAGUCAAGACCAAAAAGGUUACUCCCUUCCCCAUGUCCUGUGACCUACAAGGAGAAUGUGCUUGCCGGGACCCCAACGCCCAAGAGCACAAUCAGAAAGACCUCCGUGGCUUCAGUCUUGGGUAAUGCCAAGUGACGUGGAAAGGAGGACCACACUGCUCAAGGCAGGCUAGGAGAGACACCACAUCCCUUUUGGUAUCGUUUUUAACAUUUAGCUGCUCAACUGGAUGGCAUUUCUGCACCAGGGACCCUUAGAAUUCAACCAGUCUGCCUUUAAUUUUUGUCCAAGGAGAACUCAAAAGUAGGGGUUUAUGUAUUAACUCUAUCUUAAAUAGUGAUGAUGAGAAACAAACAACUGAGAGUCAAGUCGAGAAGACUUUUCAUGUAUCAAAACAGCAUGUUAUGCCCACCUAAUCUGAACAGUUCAUAUUUAGAUUCAAGGCGAGAAACAAGCUAUUUAUGUACACAUAUUUAUAGAAAUAAGUAGAGAAAGAGAGAAAGAGUGAGAGAUGAUGAUCAACGCAAAAACACUUUCCCCUCCCCAGCACUCACAAGUCAGACCGUUCAUGGAAGAGGCUGUGCUCUUGGAGGACUCCAAGCUGAGCCUUUUCUGAUGCUGAAUGCCAAGGUAUCGCAUGCUCGGGGCACUGAGAUUGGGGUGGGAUCUCCACAGGGCUGUGGCUCUUGGCAAGUGACUUGCCAGACGCCCAGCCAGCUCGAGAUGUGGGAUGCUUCUGCUCCUCACAGGAAUGCUACUUCCAGCCAGGGAGCUCAGCAGACUGCAGUGGCCUUUCUGUACAGCUCCUCCUUCUCCCCCUGCCCUCAAAAAAGCCAACAAAAAGUCCCCUUGUAGCCUGCAGGGCUGCUGGGAUGUUUCUGUGUGGAGAUGGGCAAAUGGUCCCAUGAUGGAGUCAGGGAGUGGGGAGUCUAAGGACUGGCAUUGAGGAAGGUGGAUGAUUGCUUCUGAGGAGCAGAGAGGGUAACUUGCGCCCGCACUUGUCAUUUGAGCAUGUCUGCUGCUGCUACUCCUGCUGCUAUGUCCCAUACAACUAGUUUCCUUACUGUGUCAGGACAGGGUGAAAAACAACCCCAUGCAACCAAACAGUCUGCCUUAAAGCUUACCUACAACCUGCCUUUCAAACCCUCUGGUCUCUUCCUCAGCAUUGGGGCAAGAAAACAGGACACCAGCCAGCCAAAGGAAUCUGCUUUCUGGUCCUCAUCCAGCCAAGUGGUUCUCUAGACCUCCUCCACCUCCUUGUGGUGGUCUGUAUCUAACAACCGCUUCAUGCUCCUGUUUUCUCAGGAGAGGGGAAGAGCAGGAAGGGGCACGUGCUGUGGGGAAGGGGCUGUAGGGGACAGUAUUAGAAUUUUGGCUGUAUUUGUCAGUAUUAAGCUGCCAGGCCAGCGGGUUGAAGCCUUCUGAUAGACCAGGAGCUUAGCUGCUUGUAAUCUUCCAGAAGGAAAGGGCAUUAGCUGCAGCAGACCUCACCCUUCCCUAUCGUAUAGCUUCAUCCGUGUUGUGCCAGACCCUCGGCUUAUUUCAUUAUAGGGUUCAUCAUGUUGAGUCACUGAGAUGCCUAGUGCAUCUAGUGCUGCCACUGCUGCUACAACCCAUCCCAAGGGAAUCCCACAGAUCUUUCCAGUGUGGCUUGGGCUUGUUUUCUGCUGCUUCAGGCUCCUGCUAGGAAGGACAUACAUCCAAAAGAGUCUCCUUCUAUUCCUUGGGGCUUUUAUGACUUGUACAAUCAUAGAAUCAUAGAAUGGUUAGGGCUGAAAGGGACCUUAAAGAUAAUCUAGUUCUAACCACAUCUACUGGGUAAAGACAGGCUGGAAAGAUUUUUUUCCUACUCCUGUUUGGUUGAACAUUUAGGCACUGGAGCAAGACAGAAAGGUAAGGAAAAUAGAGGUGGAUGUAAAAAUGUGUAGGAGAACUAGAUAUGGAAAACUGACAGAGUUGUAGGUGCAAGGAGCCAGGCUCUUGUCACCCAAUAUUGGGGUUGUUUUCAUCUGAACAAACCAGAGGUGAAUCUCGAGGACUAAAAUGUAGAGGCCUGGAGAGGUGGUUGUCAUGAGAACGUAAGGAGCUCUGUUGUGAAGCUCCUAGUUAUUCCUGCAGAAGGCUUGGCCAUGGGAGCUGUGCGAUGGCUCUGCACCAUGGGACAGGGGUGCACAGGAAAGGGAGGUGUGGUGGAAUCAGAGCUCCUUCAUGGAAUUAGGCUGAACGUCUGCCAGUGUGGAGAGCAGUGACGAAAACUGGGCCUGGGCAAAAUGUCCACUUUUGCCCCUUGCCAUCUCAUUAACAAUGGAAGUUAAUGGUGAAGAAGUUGCUUCCUUCUGGUCCCUUUGACCUCCUGUUUUGUGUUGGCAGUUUGUUCAUGUGCCAUCCAUCAGAAGAGCUCACAACCUUUCAGACUGCCAAUGUAUCAGGUCCUCAAUGAGGCCUCUUAACGUGAUCUCUCCCCUCCACGCCACCUGGGUUUUACCCUAGCAGGGACCCUCAGUUCAGGUCCUGUGUGAAUCCUGAUGGCAGCUCCGUUUCCAAAAUCCCCUUCUCGGUGAUGCAGUUCAGCAUGGAGGAGAUUUUCCAUCUGCUUGUCCCACCUAACACAUUGCCCACAAGAGACAGGUCUGUAUAAACGUUAUUGCCACUUGCUGCUGUGGGCUUCCAGGAGCUCAGGGCCUGAUGAGCUCCUCUGCCCAGCCAGGGCCAGCCCCUGCUCACUGAGUUGGAGUCCUUCAAGCUCAAGGGAGAUGGUGGCUUCUUGCCAGCAGUCUCACACCUCAGCUUCACUCCUGCAGUCCAGGGGUGACCAAACUCCCUUUCCCAUGGGCUUUCCAUGCUGCUAUUUGAUUUUUAUUUUCCAACUGCUAUGUUGGCACUGUCCAUCUCCUCCAAUGGGAGCGGAAGUUCUGCUCUGAGUCAUGUUAAAUCCAGUAAUCCAAUGGCUUUUUUUUUCUUUGAGAAAAGAUAGCAUUGAGGCAAAGCUUUGCCCUCUGCGUUUCAGGUGCUGUACCGUGCAUCCAGGGGGAUGUGGAGAGGGGAGACAUGGGGCAUGGACUCAGCUCUUGUUCCCUGUGUUCCCAUGCUGGGGCAAGGCCAGCUGGAUGGCCUUGCAGCAUCUACCACUGUAAGGGCCUUGAAUGCCCAGUGGAGUCUAUAGGAAAGACCCUCCGUGGCUACGAUGGCCAUUGGGUGGGGGUGAGAAGGACAUUUCCCACCAUGUCCACCCGCUGACCCAGUGGCGUAGGUCAACAUCAAACAAGAAUUUGGGAGGAUCAGGAGAGGGUGCUCAUGCUGAUGACAUUUAGCUGCUCAUGAAGUCCAGGUCACAUUAGUGCCAAGAUCUUCUCUGUCAAAGAUAGCGAGCCAAGGCUGCACCCUACCUGGGGCCACCAGCCUGCCUUCUAGCUCUUGGGGUUGUCCAUGGCCAGUGGGAGGGAAAGCUGGAGCAGAAAGCGGUCAGUGGUGCAUGGUGGGGUGGGAAACUCCUAUCAGCUGCUACCCCAAUCCCUCCCCACCCUCUUGCAGACAGGCUGAGCUGGUGUCCUCCUGCUUUUCUUGCAUCUUCCGCUGUCCCCACCCCAGGCUGAGAAAGGAGGAUGGCACCAGAGGACUCUUGGAGUCGGGUUCCAGCUACCUCCCUUCCGGUUUCGGUUUCACUUGGUUGUAACUGUCGGUUUGUUCUAGGUUUUACCUGUGUUUAAGAAAAAAAUAACAACAACAACAAAAAAAAAAGACAAAAAAAGGGAAAAAAAAAACAAAAAAAGAGAGGAAAAAAAAGAAAAAAGCAAGCCCAAUAGCCAGCAGAAGUUUCUUGCUGCAACUGAUUCAAGUGGGGGAAUAGAAUAACAACUGAGGCUUUAGAGAGAGGAAGAAAAAGAAAACCAACCCACACACACAAAAAGAGAAAAGAAAACCCGCAUAAUCCAAACCCAAGAAGAGCAAAGCCUAUUUUUGUGUGUUUGAAAGGAAAACAGUGAUUCUGCCAGCUGAGUAGAGAGCUAGAUACUGAAAUGUAGAUUUCCCUAGAAGUACCGUGAGGUUUUAUAACGUUGUCUGGUUUUGUUUUCCUUGUGCUUUGUGAGAAGUCCAGGAACUGAGGCUAAGGUGAUUUUUCCCUGGUCUGUUGUUAUUUGGGGGUGGGAAGGGGAUGGAGUUUAUGAGGGUGGUUUUUGUUUUUUUUUUGGUUUUCCAGAUUAUUUUUUUAAGUGUGUAUUUGUGCUUAUUUUUACGUUAUCCAACUGUACAUACGCAUUUAACCAGUAUUUCACUGUGCUCUAUUUACUGCACUCAGAAGCAUUGCACAGUCUGAAUCCCGAAGAGCUGCGAGGGAUGGGGAGUGAAAAGAGAAGGAGAAAGCUGCUACUGGAGCAGACAGGUGAUUCCCAUCAGUGGGAAGUGGGAUGCGACCGUCCCCUUCCCGCACUCCAGCCCGUUGUUUCCAUUUGAGGCCAAGCUAGAAGAUAGGAGGGGUUGGGGUUAAGUCAGCCAAGGCUGGGAUGCUCAGAGGGGUUUCAGAGCUGGUGAUUUGGCCUUUGAACUAUCGGAAUGCUGUGGAAAUUCACAGCUUUUUGGCAGCAUCCUGCUCUCCCCUGCCCAAUCCCUGGAUGCCCCAGUGAGAAUUAAUGGGCAUCUUCAUCUCACUGGGAGAGGACCAUAUGCCCGGCUUAGAUACACUCUUCAUGACUGUGGGCCUCAUUUUGGUCUCAGUGGUGCAACUGAGCAGAUUUACUUUGUGUUUCUUCCACAUCAGCCCAUCCUCUGGGGAAAGCCAUCUCCCUGCUGGGGAUGUGGAAGUGUCUCUGCCUCCAACUGACCUUGGGCACACAGGACAGUCCCCUUUCCAAUGGAGGACCUUGACCACUGAGUUCAGUGGGAGCAUGACCAAGACAUCAGCAGGAGCCAGGUCCAGGUGGCCCAAGAUGUAUUUCUUUGGAGCCAUGGUUACUCUGAGCAAUAGGGGUUUGGUGAUGGACUGUUCCUGCCACCGGGGGAACCUAUGUCCAAAACCCCAGUUGUUUCAGCAGGAGCAAAGUGGGGCUUAACGUUUUGUUUCUGUCUUUGUUUGGCAAACUGAAUUUUCCAUGUUUUGCCUGAUCUACACAUCCAAGAUUCAUUAAGAAUAAUAAUUCCUUCCUCUGAAGCCAGAAACAAGAGCUUGGGUUGGCUUCAGGUGUUAGAUGAGGAGUCUUGGUGCUACUUGGUAGUCCUGUUAGGUCGAGAUGCAGAGCUCACUAGUCCAAGUUGUCUUUGGUUCCCAUUCUAGUUUGGUUUAGUCUUUUGGUUUUUUCCUUCCUUUGGUGAGGCCACAAUUCAGCCACCAGUUUCCAUCUUCUGAGUGCAAAGAACCAGGGCUUUAAACGGAACAUUUCACCAGCAAUUAAAGAGGGAAUUGGAACCAUUGCGGAGUUUGCAUUGUACGGCCUCUGUAAUUACUUACCUGUCUGCAGAUGAGAGGCUGAAUUUUGCUCCCAUCAAGUCAACAGGGUUUUUCUGUUGACUUCACUGGGAGCAGGAUUGAGCCGUACUAUAUAUAUAAAUAUAUAUAUAAAUAUAUAUGUGAUAUAUAUAUAAUAUUAUCUGUGUAAUAUUAUAUAUAUAUCAGUGUUAAUAUUUACAAAUAAAACUGUGAUCUCGUCUAGAGAAAAAAUGUAUUCAUAUUACCAACUGCUCUUCCAUAUUUAUGUAUCAUAUUGUAUCUUUUUAUUAUUGUUAUAAUUAUUAUGAUUAUUAUGGUUAUUAUUAUUAUUAUGAUGAUGAUGAUGGAAUCUUUCUUGGCACCUUUUGGAAGCCAUGUCAACCAAUACUCCAAUGAAGUGCUGAGGAUCUAUUUUCACACGAAUUCUACUGGUCUACUGUAUAAAAGAGAAAAGACAAAAAAAAUAAGAGAGAAACAAGCAGAAUACAGCUCAACCCUUAAUUCUGUACCUCACGCCUGUACGUUUGCUGCUCCGAUUUUGGGUUUUAUUUUGCGUUCGUUUGUUUUUAACGGAUCUAAUUUAAGUCUCCAAGCAAUAUAUAAAGAUGUAAAUAGUAAAGCUUAUUUAUUAAGAUUGUCAUCUUUUUUUAAUUUAUAUUUACACAGUUGUUCAUCUAAUUUAUUUUUUUUUUCAAUACAGUUUUUAACAGUUGUCCUUUUUUUUUUUUUUUCGGUUCAUGAUGGUUUUGAUUUAAAUCCUUUUCACAGAAUUUCUUUAUACAGGUUUUUUUUCUCUUUCUUUUGAACAAGCAACAACUUCCUCUGGUCUUUCCAAAACAGGUCAUGUUUCACUCCAAAAAAAAAGAGAAGUUAUGUCAGAUUCAUCAGAAAUAUUUUGCCAUUGUUGAUUCCUAUACCCUAAAGUUCUAUAUUAUAUAAAUAUAUAAUACCUUGUAUGCUUAAAUAUUUAACUGUGUGAUUUUGUAUAUAUCUUCAUACACAUGCUCACACACAUAUGAGGGUUAAUGUCCCCAGAUGCUGGGAGAACAGAGAAUCAGAAACACAAACAAUAUAAGCUUGUAUUAAAGAGUUCUGAACUGGA